GCCAAAGUCCCUUUAACGGUGGGACGUUGUACUCUGAGCUGAGCGUGUAUUCUGAGAAACGUCCCGUCACAGUUCGCACGGAACAUGGAUCGCGUACAGCUCAGUUCCAUUAUCUCCGUCCUCUCCUCUCUCACCUCCCAUCCUCUCUGGUUCGUGGCUUCCAUCCUCCUUUACUUGGUGGUCCGGUUACAGAGGAAGGGCUGCUGGAGACCCAGGGAUUGCCCCGUGGAUCUCAACGGCAAGACGGCCAUCGUCACCGGAUCCAACACAGGGGUCGGCCGGUACAUUGCUCAGGACUUCGCCCGGAGGAACGCCCGUGUGAUCCUCGCCUGUCGCAGCGAGGAGCGAGGGCGGAGGGCCGAGCGGGAGAUCCGACAGAGGACGGGCAACGGCAACGUGCACCUCCGCAUCCUCGACACCAGCUGCAUGAAGUCGGUGCGGGAGUUUGCCGAGCGGAUCCAGCGGGAGGAGAGGCGGCUCGAUAUCCUCGUCAACAACGCGGGCGCAUCCGGUCUGCCGAUUGCCGUCACUCCCGAGGGCUUGGAGCUGACCUUCGCCACCAACCAUCUGGGCCACUUCCUGCUGACCAACCUGCUGCUGGGUCUGCUGAAGAGGUCUCCAAGCAGCCGGAUUGUAAACGUCUCCUCCAUGAACCACAGGCGAGGGGAGGUGAAGCUGGGGCAACUGCGGGGCGAGGACCUGGGACGGCCCCUCUUUGACCAGCUCUACAACAACAGCAAACUGAUGAAUAUCCUCUUCACCCUGGAACUCUCCAAGCAGCUACGGCACACAGGUGUGACUGUGAAUGCGGUCCAUCCCGGGGUGGUGAUGACAGAGGCAAUGAGAUACUACGGUCUACACUUCAGGAUCAUCUUCAACCUGAUUGGAUUCUUCUUCUUCAAGUCUGCAGAGGAGGGAGCCGUCAGCUCCAUCUACUGCGCCCUGUCCAAGGAGAUGGAGGAUGUCAGCGGCAAGUACAUCGACAGCGACUGCUCCCUCUCCCUCCCCAGCCCCACCGCACAGGAUGCAGCCUUGGCCAGGAAACUCUGGGAAGCCAGCGCCACACUGACCGGCCUCAGUGAGGGUGGUACGGGAGAGACACACUAACGGGAGACCAUGAAGUGCUGAGAGCCACACGACAAGAAGGGCAAUAUGUCUUCCAACACCCCGCCCCACCCCACCCCACCCCACCCCACCCGACCUUCCUCAUAGUCCCCAUUCCACCAUCCCACCCCGUCCUGCCUGUCCACAUCCCCCCUACCCUCUCCAAACCUUUCCCAUCUUCACCCCCACCCUUUCCAAACCUUUCCCAUCUUCACUCCCCUCCCCCCUCCCCCUCCCCCUCCCUUCCCCUCCCCUCCCCCUCCCCUCCCUUUCCCUCCCCCUCCCCUCCCUUCCCCUCCCCUCCCUUUCCCUCCCCCUCCCCUCCCUCCCCCUCCCCUCCCUUUCCCUCCCCCUCCCCUCCCUUCCCCUCCCCCUCCCUUCCCCUCCCCUCCCUUUCCCUCCCCUCCCCUCCCUUCCCUCCCUUCCCUCCCUUCCCUCAUUCUGUGGAUCUGUGAAAAUAA